UGACUGACAGCAAAAUAGUUCACUUUUUUGCUUUUUUAUUUGUAUUUAUAAACAAGUUUAUUUCCUUUAUAUUUGUUUUUGUAGGAUUAUGCAAAAUAAAAUCAAACAAAAUUUAUUUACAUUUAAGAUAAACUAAUGGACAUCAAUCAAGAUCCGGAAAGCUACUGGAAUAGGUCAGCCAGCAAAGCAUUCAGUUUCGACGACGAUGACGAAGAUGUGGAGGAAGAUAAUGCAAGUCUUCAUAGCUCCAGAACCGAACACAUUUUCACUGACGAUAACAUUUCUGAAGCAAGUUUUGAUAACACAGCAAAUAUUCUGAAUCUAACAAUCCGUUCAGUUUUAUGUGAAGCGGAUUUGGAAUUAAUAUUAAAUGAACAGUCUCUUGAUAGUGACAUCAUUCCCAAGGGAAUUGCACCAGACGAAGAGCUCAAAUUGCUACGUCGAAAGCUUCAGAACAUGGUUCAUGUGCCUUCACUUAAAGUAACCGCAACAAAACUGCUGCACGGAAAACUAUGUCCAUUAGAAGUUUACAAGUCACUGAAUGAUAAAGAGGAACUUCUGGACGAAGUACUUCGCAAUGGUGAUGGUAAUGCAGUAGUUGGUGUAAUCCUUUUUUUGCAACGAACAUUGAAUAAAAAACAAUUUUAUCGAAUUCUUCGUAAUCGUCCGAAAGCAAGUGAUCAUUAUAUCAAUUACUUGAUACAAACAAAAAACAAAGAAGCCAUAGAAAUACUCACUAUGCUUGGGAGGCAUCAAGAAUCGGCAAUUGUACAGUUCAAAGCUGCAAUCAACGGACACUCGGAUAUAUUAAUCAAAGAGCAAAAGCUUAAACAAUUCAUUGUUGCUUAUUCAUCUGACCCUGGAAUCAUUCCUGUGUUUCAUCAAAUUUUCACCAACUCUUUGAAUCUCAUACAAUUUAUUGAUAAGACAAAAACUAGUUUUGACGAUGAAAUUAAUGUUGAUUCAUCGGUUCUAGAGGUUUUGUAUUCAUGUAGUUCCCGACAUAAGUGGAAAGACUUGGAUACAACAAGUCCAUUAAGCCCAUUUAAGAUUGCAGCUGACUAUCAAAUAUCACCAGCACAAUUCGAAUGGACAGCAUUGAAUGAGCGAGCGAAAUCCCAAUCAUAUCUCGAUUUGGGAGGUAUUUUUGAAAAAUCAUCGUGGAAUUUAAUAACAAAACAGAAACAAUUUCAUAUAAGUUUCUCAUUAGAAACGGCAAUACAACGUUUAGCUGAUUUAAAUGCACCUCUGCCUGUGUUGUACUUUUUUCUAUCCAAACUAAGCAAUCCUAAUCAAAAAUUGGUUUUGUCAAAAAAAGUAAAAUGUACAAAGGGAAUAAUUGAUGCAUUGGUGGCACUCAAGGAUGUACAAGUUUUAGAGAAUUUUAAAGAAACCCUUAUCAAUGGAAGUGAAGAAAGAUUUUAUUGUGAGCAAGCCUUGACAAAUGUAAACAAAAAAUGGUCAACAGAAGGACUUAAAAUAAUUCGUUAGAGUUUUUAUUUUAAUUCGCACGUUCUACAUUUAUAUGCGCACAUAUUAUACAUAAUAACGCUAAUAUUUUUGUUAAAAAAAAAAAUAAAAUGAAAUUUUUUUUAAAAACAAAAUUACUCUUUUUGUGAUGAACAGAAAUUAGUUGCAGUAUUUCUGUAAGUGGGGAGUUUUUAAAAUACCGCAGUAAUGAAAUUGAUUGAUCCUAAACCAAUGCUUCAUAACUGAGAAUUAAACACAUUUAUUUUACAAAAUUCUAUAGACAAAAAGCAUGUGUUCAUGAGGUAACUCUAAAUCGAAAAACUAUAAGGGUAAUUUGUUCGUUAUGCUUCCGAAUGUAAGAAAAAAAAAAAAUAAGUAAUUAGACCUCCUAGAAACUUUUGGUUUUCAGUUAUGACUAGAGCUAAAAAAGAGACCUUCCUUUUGAUGAAAUUUUUGAAAAUGCCUAUUUUUUAGAUAAGGGGAUUUUUUUUUUAAAUCUUGAAAAAAUAAAUUUAUAAAUUUUGUACCUGAAUGCAAUACCCUUUUCACUGUGAACUCGUACACUGUAAACCAAAACAUGUUUCGAGGCUUUGAUCGAAAGAUAUCGGCCUCCAAAUGUAAAAAAAAAAAAAAUUAUUUCGAUUGCAAAUAAAUCAGCAACCAGACCUCCUAAAAACUUUAGGUUUCCAGUUAUGAAUAGAGUUUAAAGAGACCUUCCUUUUGAUGCACCACUAAUUAGAUUUUGAGGAAAUUUUUUGAAAAUUCAUUUUUCUAAGCAAGGGGAUUUUUUUCAAAAAUCUUGAAAAAAUUAAUUUAUAUAUGUAUGUUUUACCUGAAUGCAUUACCCUUUUGCCGUGAACUUUAUAUCUGUAAACCAAAACAUGUUUCGAGGCUUUGAUCCGAAGAUAUUGGCUUCGAAAUUUACGAAAAAAAAUGAUUUCGAUUGCAAAUAAAUCAGAAACCAGACCUUAUGAAAACUUUUGGUUUUCAGUUAUGAAUAGAUUCUUAAGAGACCUUUCUUUUGAUGCAUUUGGAGGAAAUUUUUUGAAAAUGCUUUUUUUUAGACAAGGGGUACCUACUUUUUGGAUUUUUUUGUAAAAAUCUUGAAAAAA